UGAGCAACACCACCUUGAAGGAGAGCUGCGUUGUGUCUGUGUCUGAUCCUUCGUCUUGACCACCAUGUCUUACACGGCCGGGUCUUACAUGGCCAAAUCCUACGCGGAUAAGUCCUACGCGGACAAAUCCUACGGGGGCAGCGCGUACACGGGAUAUCCGGAUGAGAAGUCGGCGAAAGAGGCGUAUGAUGAGCAGCUGAAGCGAGAGAAGAGAAAAAGACGGGAAUCCAUGUGCUGCGAGGUGGUUGCGGUGGUCAUCGGUUUUCUCGGACUGAUCGGCGUUGCCGCCGUCACAGGCCUCCCGAUGUGGAAAGUCACAGCGUUCAUCCAGGAGAACAUCAUCGUGAUGGAGACACGUUGGGAGGGAUUGUGGAUGAACUGCUACCGGCAAGCCAACAUCCGUAUGCAGUGCAAAGUCUAUGAUUCUUUGCUGUUUCUUCCGGCCGACCUUCAGGCCGCCAGGGGUCUCAUGUGCGCCUCUGUCGCUCUGAGCACCUUCGCCUGCAUCUUGUCGGCCGUCGGCAUGCGCUGUACCCGUCUGGUAGACUCCCGUCCUAAAACCAAGCACAUUGUUUUGGUGAGCGGAGGAUGUUUGUUUUUGGCUGGCUGCUUGACCACCAUCAUUCCCGUGUCGUGGACGGCUCACGUGAUCAUCCAGGACUUCUACAACCCGUUGUUAAUCGACGCCCAACGAAGAGAGCUCGGGGAGGCUUUGUACAUUGGAUGGGUCACUUCAGCUUUGCUUUUCACCGCCGGGGUGAUUCUGCUCUGUCGACAUGCACCACGGACCCAGGAUAAAGAGGACAUGGCUACAGUUCUGUAUCGGGCCGGAUCGGCUCCGUAUAACUACGCCUACAGGCCAGGAUAUGGAUACCAGCCUGCAUACGGAUACCAGCCUGGGUAUAACUAUCAACCGACUUAUUCUCCUGUCCCAACAGUUUAUAACCCUCCAAGAUACUGAGACACACAGUGAGUGCUGUGCGUUACCACUUAUAUCUUCAAUAGAGACUCCAAUAAAGAAGUUGAGUUUGGAACGAUCUGCAUUAACAUUCAGAAGAAAUCAGGACUGAUGGAGCCUUAGUUGAUUAUAUGUGAUUGUAUGUGUGAAUAUUAGUUUUUACAUGCUUGAUUUGAAUGCAUUUCCUUCUUGUCUAUAUUAUAAAAGACUGUAAUUUGCACAGAAAUAAUAAGCAAUAUGUGCUAAAACUAAAAACAGUAACGUGGGAUAUUUCCACACAGCAUUUAACUGGCUUAAUGUUGACUCUGUGAUGUGAUUGUGUUUGUUUUUCAUUUUGUCCAUUUUUAAAGCACUGGUUUGAUUUUAAUUGUAUUAAAUCAAUUAAAUUUUGUAAACAGAA